UCUAUUUUUAAAAAACAACUAAACCAUUUCUCACGAAACCACGUCUCCUUCGCUUUGGAUCGCCGGACGUCGCGACGGCGGCGAGUUUUUCCUAGGGUUCCGGCGAGUUAGGGUUUGAAUGGCCUCUGAAGAUGUGGUAGCGAAGACAAGCGAGACUGCGGUGUCGACGAUCGUCAAUCUGGCUGAGGAAGCGAAGAUUGCUAGAGAAGGAGUCAAGGCUCCGAGUCACGCGCUCUUAAGCAUCUGCAAGUCUCUCGUCGCCGGCGGUGUCGCCGGAGGAGUGUCACGUAGUGCUGUUGCUCCAUUAGAACGGUUAAAGAUUUUGCUCCAGGUUCAAAAUCCUCAUAGUAUAAAAUACAAUGGAACAGUUCAGGGCUUGAAAUAUAUAUGGAGAACUGAGGGUUUUCGAGGAUUAUUUAAAGGCAAUGGCACUAAUUGUGCUCGCAUUGUUCCAAACUCGGCCGUCAAGUUCUUUAGCUAUGAGGAAGCGUCCAAGGGAAUUCUAUGGUUUUAUCGGCAGCAAACUGGAAAGGAGGAUGCUGAACUCACCCCUCCGUUACGCCUUGGAGCUGGAGCAUGUGCUGGUAUUAUUGCCAUGUCGGCAACUUACCCAAUGGACAUGGUACGAGGUCGGCUCACUGUCCAGACAGAGAUGUCUCCUCGCCAAUAUAGAGGAAUCUUCCAUGCUCUUUCAACAGUUUUUCGUGAAGAAGGCCCUCGCGCUUUAUACAGAGGAUGGCUUCCUUCUGUAAUAGGAGUUAUACCAUAUGUGGGUCUGAACUUUGCUGUGUAUGAAUCUUUAAAAGACUGGUUGAUCAAAUCUAGACCAUUUGGACUAGUUGAAAACACAGAGUUGAGUGUCACAACAAAGCUCGCAUGUGGGGCUGCUGCUGGAACUGUUGGCCAGACUGUUGCUUAUCCUCUUGAUGUUAUCCGGCGAAGGAUGCAGAUGGUGGGCUGGAAAGAUGCUGCUUCAGUUGUUACUGGUGAUGGGAAGAGCAAGGCACCACUCGAGUAUUCGGGUAUGGUUGACGCAUUCAGAAAAACAGUUCGGCAUGAGGGUUUUGGAGCCUUGUACAAGGGUUUGGUCCCCAAUUCAGUGAAGGUGGUACCAUCGAUAGCAAUUGCAUUUGUAACAUACGAGGUGGUAAAGGACAUUCUUGGAGUUGAGAUGAGGAUAUCUGACUGAAAUCACAGGGAAGUUCGGGUAUUUGUUGGACUUCCAUGCAAAUUUUUGCAAGACAAAGGAACAGAGAAGAUAAUCAAUGGGCUCCUUUUUCUUUUUUUUCUUUUUUUUCUUUUUUUUCUUUUUUUUUCUUUUUUUUUUUCUGAUGAUUGUGAGGAAGUUUAGAAACCAAUUUCUAGCCCAAUGUUGAAAUUGUCCAGUCCAUAUUUCUCCAUCUCCUUUUGUUUUUAGGUUUUUCUUGAUUCAUAUAUGCACUACCAAUAAUAAGUUGUCAAGAAGGAUAACACUAAACAUCCUCUAGUAGUAACUUUCCAGAAAUUUUAGCAUUAUCCUUUGUUAAAUAAUAUUUCUGUAUCUGGUUUUUAAAUUGAGAUUGGUAAUUUGGUGUUGUAUUUUCUUUA